CCGGAUUUCACUUGUCCUGGGAAAUUGACGUUGCAAUACCGUUUGUUUGCUGCACACCUCGAAACCCCAACUUCGGGAGGUAUAAAUGUACCCCACAAUGUUACCUACACCACCACAAUCGCCUCCACCCGUUACAACAUGCGAUGUCCCAGAGGAUAGGCUCGGUUUGCUACUCGCCAACCGGCUAGAACUUACAAGCGUUCUUGGGGUAGGUGCGUAUGGUGUUGUGUAUUCCGCUAUCGACAUCCAUACCCAUGUGCCGUACGCGGUUAAAGCCCUCAACAAAGCAGGUCUGGACUCUAGACAACGGAAAUUUCAGCAGCGGGAAAUCAAGCUCCAUCAUUUGGCCAGUCAACAUCCCAAUGUGGUUUCUUUGGUCCGCAUAAUGGAUUCUCUUGAUUGUACUUUUGUUGUUAUUGAGUUUUGCCCGGAGGGCGAUCUUUUCUCCAACAUUACUGACAAAGGCCAGUUUGUUGGAAACGAUUUCCUUGCCAAACGUGCUUUUCUCCAGAUUUUGGAUGCUGUGCAGUACUGUCACUCCAUUGGAAUCUACCACCGGGACCUUAAACCAGAGAAUAUUUUGGUCACAGAUCAUGGAAUGACGGUAAAGCUGGCCGACUUCGGCCUUGCUACAACCGAUUACUAUACAUCGGACUUCGGAUGUGGUUCAACGUUCUAUAUGUCACCAGAAUGCCAGCAAUCUACUCCACGGCCAUAUGCUUCUGCACCCAAUGACGUAUGGAGCCUUGGAGUCAUCUUGGUUAAUUUAUCUUGUGGGCGGAACCCUUGGAAAAGAGCUUCAACCGAAGAUUCUACUUUCCGUGCCUUUCUUAAGGACCCACAAUUUCUGAGGACGAUUUUACCUCUGUCACCCGAACUCAACUCUAUUCUAAGGCGUAUUUUUGAAUGCGAUCCCCAAAAGCGAGUUUCCAUAUCGGAGCUGCGCAAAUUGAUUGUUGAGUGUCCAAGAUUCACUCUUCGGUCUGGAUCCCCUUUGUCCAUGGCACCAACACCACCUUGCCAGAGUUAUCAAUACCAAAAGGAUUCCUAUAGUCCUGCCAAUUUUGUUCCUUAUCCGGUCUCUCUUCCAGCAGAGCCUAUCGAAACCGAAUAUUCGAUGUCAGCUGUUUCUGAUACUUCUCUCUCCGACGACGACGGCUCCUCCAUAUCGUCAUCUUCAUCGUCUUCAUCUGAGUAUGCACCUUACAGCCAAGCACCCAGCCAAUUCAGAUAUGUGCCUCCAAUGGUUCCCAACUUCUGGGGAUCUUUCAUUCCUUUCACCGACAUUGCUGAGAAGAAUCUUGGACGACAACAUCCUGUGGAACCCGUCAUUGCCGUAUAUUGAGGCAGGAUCUACAAUUUCUUGACCUUUUUUUUUUCAUUCCAUUCGCUUUGGACAUUUACAACUUAUUUAAAUUUUUUAAUACAAGAUAACGGAACGAAUCUCAUGUAACGACGAAAAAUCCCCACAAGUGCAGGAUUUCAUACCUUUUGGAACAACCCUUGGGAAUUUUUUACCCUACUACGUUUCGUAUGCCGCAGGAACCGACAACUGCUACGGGACUUUGUCCACUGGACACCUGAUGGACAUGCGGAUUUCCUCUAUUUUCCGUGGAAUGUCAAUUAUUAUCUGAAUUGGAAUCCCUCUUGGAGUACCUUCUUUUGGAAACUGUUUCUAUUUUUUACUUUGCAUCCGUCUACAUGCUUCGCUCUUUUUUUUCCCUCAAGUCUUUGUUGCCCGGAUUUGUCCUUCGAUUGUUUACUCGGAAGCAAUUUUUCUUCUACGCCCUGUAAUAACAUACCCUUCGCUUGUUUGCGCAUAGCAGAGCUGUACAAAGUUUGGUGAGAUGUUGUCUUGUCUACCGGGAAGCGAAAUACUCUAUUUUGGCGUUGGAUUCGCGCACCGCAACAAAACAAAAAUACGGACAGGGCAUCCUUCAGGAGUUUUAUAUUCUACUGGCACGGCUAUAUAGAGGAGUUUUAUUUUUAUUUUUUCUCUCUUCGUUUUUCGUUCUUCGCUUUGGUGGCUCCUAUCUUUUGGCAUAUAUUUACGGCGUUGUUUGGUGUUUCUUGUUCGAACCUGAGGUGGCCGGCGAUUUGCUUUUUUUUUAUAUUCUCACCUUUGUCCGAUAUUUUCCAUUUCAUAUCUUGCGUGCUCCUGUGCUCGUCUUGUCACCCUGAUACCCAACUCGAUUCUUUUAUCUUUCGAUAUUACACUUUACAACCAGAGGGCUAUUUUCCCUAUUUACAAUAUAUACAUACACGUCUGGACAGCUUAUUACAUGGAUAUACUUGGCUUUAU